GUACAAAUUGGGGAUCCUUAUUAAAUCCAAUUUUGAUUCUACUGAUGGUAAAAUCUUUGCACAAGUCCGUCCUGUAUAAUUGCGAUCCGCCGAGGUAUCUCUAGAUGAUGCACCCCACAAUGGAAGCACGUCAUUGGCAACGGCAAAUUCGACAUACCGGUGUACUCGACCCUGUGAUUGGCAAGAGUGGCAGUCCGUUUACAUUACUAAAUAAAACUUCAAAUGCUUGAACCAUGAAAAUUACAUAAAGCACGAGCUGGCCAGUUUUGGGAGUCAAUUAGUACUCAACAAUUCUCUUCCAAUAUCAUUACAAACGACUCAUUGGAGCCUCCAACUACCCUCAAAAUGCGUGCCUCACUCACUCCCCUUAUUACUCUUUUUAUAAUUACUCUUGCCGAAGCAUCCGUUACUUGCGUCAAGGUUGGUGCUACAGCCAAAGCCACAUGGACCAAUUCAGCUGGGAAGACUUGCACAUGGACGGGAACAGUUGGAAGCAACUUUGGAACUAACACAGUCAACGCUGGAGACUACAGCUGCAAUGGAAGAUGUGGAGCAGGCUGCACUGGAAGUGCCCUUGGCAAUUACUACACACAAGACUGCUGGAACCAUGAUAUAUGCUCGUACUUCAACAAUGCCUCAGGUGGUGCAAGCGACGCAAAUUGUGGCUCGGCAUAUACUGCGGCUGAAGAUGACUAUUUGCUUGGUGGAGUUGAUGGCUGUACUCAGACAAACCCCAGCAACUCAGCUGUUGCACCUACCACGAAACCUGUCUGUGCUUAAUGAGCACAGCAUAUAAACUAAACAAUGUGGAUUUGGAGAAGGGUCA